AUGUCUUCUCAGGCAGACUACAAAGACCGGGAGUUUCUCGCCGUCAUCGGCGACGAGGCAACUCCAUUGACACAGGACUCUGUAACGGGCCUCUUGCUGGCAGGCAUCGGCCACAUCACCACCGGCGCCGAGGCAAAGAAGAACUUCCUCGUCGUCGACAACAAGACGGAGACCGCGGCCAUCGAGUCCGCGUUUGACAGCUUCACCGAGAGAAAAGACAUUGGCAUCGUCCUGAUCAACCAGCAUAUUGCCGACCGGAUAAGACACCGAGUUGAUUCCUACACCGCCGCCUUCCCUACCGUCCUCGAAAUCCCAAGCAAAGAUCACCCUUACGACCCCGAGAAGGACAGCGUGCUGAGACGGGUGCGCCGUCUGUUUGGAGAGUGA